AUGGCUACUAACCAAAAUGCAGCGAUGUUUAGCAGCGAUCUGCAAACAUUUAUCGUUACGAAAUAUGACCCCUUAUUAACAAUUGUAAAAGAAUUAAAUGAUAAAUUACAAAAUUCGGAAAAAGAUAAAUACAGACUAGAGAAAAGAAUAAUAAAAUUAGAAAAACAAAUGGUAAUUUUACUUGACAAAUUAGAAGUGACUGAUAUCGUACUUGAUAAUAAUGAUAUGCCAGAAAAAAAAACACAAAAAAUAAAUUAUCAAAUUGAAAAUGACGAAAAUUUGUUAGCUCCAUGGCUUUUUUCCUGUCAAUUAGGAACACCUUUAUCAUCUCUACAAGUACUUCUUGAAUUUUCUGUACAAACUACAAUCGAAUUAAAUGUAAAAUUAUGGAAAAGAGAAGAAGAUAUGUGGGUUAAUUUUUUAGAAGCUAUAUCAAACAAAUCGAAAAAUUAUUUACCAGAAACGUUAGAUUUAUUAGAUUUACGAAAAUCAACAAGAAAAUGUUUAUUAAAUUUAUGUACAAAUGAAAAUCUAAUUGUAUUAAGAAAUGUUCCAGGAAAAGCUCAAGCUGUAUAUAAUACAACAACAAUGACACUAGUAGCAAUUCUAGCUUCAGCUAUAUAUGAAGCAUGGAAACGAAUUGAAUUAACAGAUCCGGUUUCUCUAGGGAGGAUAGUACUUGUAUUAGAUGGGGAAGACGUUGGGUCUCGAUUAAGAGCAGGAAAUAAAAAAUUAAAAAUCGAACCCUUAAAUUAA